AUGCAUGGAAUUGUUUAUUUCAGUCUUGUUGAAAACUGUCUUGAAUUAAUUAUACUUAUUCUUAAAAAUGUGCCAAUAAUUUUCAAAUAUGGAUUGUUUGAUCUACUUUGUUUAACUGGUGUGAUCAAGUGGUUAGUUAGGAUUGCAUUCAAAAUCACGUUUCUCUGUAAAAAGCAUGAAUUUGAAUCUUUAAAAUUAAGACACUCAAUUAGCAGCUUACUUCGAUCCACUUUACAACAGAUGAUGAUUCACCGUCAAUUCAUAUCACCUCAAACCGCAAUAUCACCUCGUUCUUUUCUACUAAUAUGCACUCCUCUUAAAAUGCAACGAACUAAAAUCUUUUUUAUUUGCUUGAAUAAAAAUAGGAGAAAUUUCGAAAAUUUUGAGGCUAAAAGACUACAGGAUGUAAAAUUAAGAAUUGGUGAUGAUAAUAUUAAUAAUGCAAAUAUCAGAGAGCGUGUGAUUAUGUUUAGUUCUCCUCCCCUCUAUCCAUCAACAUCGCAAAAAUUUCAAUCAUCGAGGAUGACAAACACUCGUUGUAGUGUGGUGUUAGUAUCAGUUUUUCACAGACUUUUACACAGAAAGAACACACAGUUUUUUUAUAAGCACACGUAUAUUAUUAAUGUUCUUGUAAAACUUUUACAGUAUUUAUGGAAAAAUAACAGCAUUUGUAAGGUAUUUAAACAAAUUACACAAAAUGCUCCUAGCGAUCACAGUUGUUGUCACAGAGUAGCGUUGAAUUUAAUUCCACUUUCAAACGUAUUUAUUCACUUUGAUGGUCAGCAUUUAAAAAUAUCACCUUUGAGACUGGACCAAAGGAUUUGUAAACACCCGUAUCCUGGUGGAGAGUCUUUUCAGGUAAGAACAAAAGCCGCUCAAUUCAUUCGCCGUGUUUGUCAAUUUGAAAGUCCAAAAUGCAGACACUCCUAUGGAUUUAAUAAUUGGACGAGGAUGACUUUCAUGCCUUAUAGUUGUUUGGUUUUAUUCACAGAUAGUAUGAAAAGGGCACGAGAAAGGGAAGAAAGGUGGAUACCAAAUUAA